UCGAGUUUCGGUCCAACACUGGAAGUUCUCUCUGCCGGACAUGACAUGGCGAUAACGACAAAUAUUCUCUGCAGGCGGCAACCUGCCCGACGGCAUUAUCUCCUACCUGGCCAUCCUCGAUUCGGAAGGUCGUCCAUGUUGAUUUACCCAGCAACAACAUUGGCAUGUCGAGAUAUGCAAUCCCCGCGUCUACUUCAACCCUGUCCCACCCCCAGGCCGACGUCACAGCGGGGAGUUUGGCAAAGUGCGGGGAUCAAUUCCAUGCUUUGUUAUAGAAGGCUCUAAUUGUCCUGUAUAAUUCCCUGCCUAUUUUGGUGUCGGUGCCUAGCCAAGCCAGGGGGCGGUGCAGCUGCUAGCCUCUCCUGUCGUAUUUUGGCGCGCUCCCGUCUCCAUCCUCAGGGCGCGGUCGUCGCACAGCAUGGGCCAACCUCGGACUCUGUCCAUCUCUCCUCAUCCAAAGAUGUCCCAUGUGCUGACAUGGCAGCAUCGCCAACCAUGAAUACGGUGAGAAUGUCAGACUGCGACUGCGGCACAGCAGGGGGAGCCGUCUCAGCAUAGGUAGCCGGCCGGAUAGUGAGGUCAUGUUCCGCGCAUGGAAAUGAAUGAAAAUGCCUCGAUCCCUCGACCUCUCGACCUUUGAAAGAAGACGAUUUCCAGCAAGGACGCUAUUUGCCGUUGGAUCCCAUAACGCUCUCUCUUGAAAUCGCAUAACCACCUACAUCACUGCUCUGUAUAGCAUUCCGAGAUCUCCUGAGCCGAUUGUUUGUACCUUUACGCGCACUCUUCGACUCGACAUCAUGCCCGCCAUCCUCCUCAGCCGCGACACGCGAACCACUGUCACUGCUCUGAGCGCCGUGGCCAUCGUUGUCUACAUCCUGAUACCAAUCGUGAUCCUCAGCCUGAUCGUCGCAACUGUCUGGCUCGUAUUUCGCAACAAGAAACGCCGCAAGGCCCAGGCCCUGGCACAGGCAGAGGGCAGCAACGUCCACCUCUACUCUAACGGCUACCAAAACACCCAAAACGUCCAAAACACCGGCUACUACCCCCACGGACAGCAAUUAGGCGGUGCCAACGGUGGCGGUGGAUGGGUCGUCAACAGCACUCCCGCCUACGGCGGCAACAACACCGGGGGUGGCUGGGCUCCAAACGGCAGCAGUGGCCCUGCCGCUCCCGUCUUCCGCGCCAUGCCACCCCCGGCGGAUGAUACCGAGCACGGCGCUUCUCAUGCUGGCGACGCGAACAGCAACAGCGCCGUAGGCCCAGCCGAGGGCAUCGCUCCUCCUCAAGCCGUUUACAGCCAUACGUCAAACUCAACCUCCACUUCCACAGCCAACCUCACCGGAAACACCCAGCCGCCCCCCGCUAGGUAGCACCCAACACGAAACUGUACAUUCAGACGCCGUUUUACAAAGCAUUCCAUAUUCUUUUAGCGAUUCUGCCAUGUUUAUCUGCCCUUCUCGGCUAUAUCAUAUUUCCCACAGCCUUUGUCUUGUAUCUACGAGUCGCAUUUUUGUAUUGAUCUACCUGGCUUUUGCGGCUUAAUUGGGCGUCUUGGGGUGUGGAUUAGAGGUUUACCUGUUCAGGAGGCUGGCGCAACUUUUCAAGCAUAAAAAAUAAGAAGCCCGGGACAUCUCGAACGAAGCUUCUCCUAUUCUGUCCGCACGAGUUGUUCCGUUAACCACAAAAAAUCAGUUUCUGC